AUGUCUGGCACAAUUGAGGCAUUAUUAGAACAGCUUAAACAAAAGGCUUUAGGCUGCAGUGAUACUGCAUGGCUACAGGCUUGCUUAGAGUCCGCCCCCAGCACCUCUGGUCUAAUUGAAGUAGAGGAAGAAGAAGGGGCUGAGCUACAGGAGGAGUUAAUAAUGGAGGAGGGAGCAGGAUAUUCCCCUCAAAAAUUAAAGGGCCAGUGCAAGAAAGAAAAUCUGGUGAUAGCGACCCCUGCAGGAUUCGUGAGGCAAGAACGGUCCAGGGAAACCUUCUCACCGUCUCCAAUAAAGAAUAGGAAGAGGAUGUGGAAACAGGGCAGAAAAUACGAACAAAAGAAGAAGAAUAAAGAGGCUGAGGACAGACCUAGGCUAUUCGAAGAGAGCGAAGCAGCUCAGGAUAUCCCAGGUUGCAGUCAUGAGCUGGGUGAGUUACAAGCAAAUGUGAAUAAUGCUGUUUUCGGGGAAGUGGUGUCUUCACUUGAGAAACUUACAAAAUUAUUGCAGACACCUAAAUUAGCGAGAGUAUGGGAGCCUGAUACAGAAGUGGUCACAGUUAAUCCAAAAGUGACACAUUCUGUGAGGGAAGAAGUUAGAGUAAAAGAGACAUGCAUGAAAGAAGCGUUAGGUUGUGAAAGCUCCCCUCUGGGUUUUCAUUUAAGUAAGUCUAUAAAGGAUAGGAUAUGGAAAGGGGAGUAUAUCGAUAUUCUAUCAUUAUUGCCCACAGCCAGAGAAUUUACUAAACCCGACAGGGAAAAGGGGGAUGAGGAGAGGAAAAAGUUUAUUCCGAGGUCUUUCAAUAAUUGGCUGCAAGCUUUUUGCAUUUAUGCUAGCGUGUUAGGCGAAAAAUAUCCAGAAUUGUGCUGUGGGCUAUUUCAACAUACAGAAGCUAUUUUGGAGGCAUAUAAAAAUUUUGGGGGUUUGUCAUGGUUUUAUUAUGAUGAACAAUUCCGACAAAAACUAGCAGUACAUAGCAACCUUAAAUGGGGUAUGAAGGAUGUCGGACUAUGGGUGAGCAUGAUGUUACCGCAGAGACAGCCUAAUUUUGUUAAUAGGCAGGUUACAAAUGUUGCACAGAAAAAAGGUUUUUGCUGGGCUUAUAACGAAUCACAAUGUAAGUGGCUGAAUAAUUGUAGAUUCCGGCACGAAUGCGCUUCCUGUUCAGGUGCGCAUCCUAAUUUUCGCUGCUAUAAAAGAGGACAACAAAGUGGUACAUUUCCAAAAAGCACAGACCCCAGUGAAAGUGGUAAGGUUACUACCUUAUCUCGCAAUCUAUCCAAACCGGGAGAAAGCCAAAUUAAUUAAAGAAGGUUUUGAAAAUGGGUUCAGGUUACCUGUAUAUAGUUCUGUUGAAUUUUGUUGGGUUGAGAAUUUAAAAUCAGUUUUAGAGUUACCAAGUUUAGCCUGGGAAAAGAUUUGCAAAGAGUUAGAGUUAGGGAGAGUUGAGGGCCCUUUUAAUGUUCCUCCAUUUAAAUGUUUUCGGUUAUCCCCUCUGGGUUUGGUUCCAAAGAAAGAACCCGGGUCAUAUCGACUAAUACAUCACCUAUCAUACCCCAAGGGAGGAUCUUUAAAUGACAUGAUUUCUAGAGAAGAAAGUUCAGUGUCUUAUUCAACUUUUGAUAAGGCUUUAAAUUUGGUAAGAAAAUGUGGAAGGGGUGCUUUGAUGGCAAAGGGGGAUAUAGAAUCUGCCUUUCGACUCUUGCCGAUUCAUCCCGAAUCCUUCAAUUCGCUAGGUUUUCAGUUCAAGGGCCAGUAUUUUUUCGAUAAGUGCCUGCCUAUGGGUUGUGCACUGUCAUGUUCUUAUUUUGAGACCUUUGCGACUUUCAUGGAAUGGAUUAUUCGGUAUGAAUCAGGUCAGCAGCAAGUAAUGCAUUACUUGGAUGAUUUUUAUUUGUGGGCACUAAGGAUAGUGACAACUGUAAGAAUUUACUAGAAACAUUUAGAAGGGUGGCUGGUCAUUUAGGAAUCCCAUUAGCAGAGGAUAAAACGGUUUUACCCACAUUUUCUUUGCAAUUUCUGGGAAUAAUGAUUGAUUCAACAAAAAUGGAAUUUAGGUUGCCGGAGGAUAAGAUACUGAAAAUGAAGAUGCUGAUUCAGCAGGUAAUGGGCUGCGAGAAGGUGACAUUGAAAGUUUUACAAUCUCUGUUAGGUCUGUUAACAUUUGCUUCAAGGGUUAUUCCAAUGGGGAGAGCUUUCUCCAGGAAGUUGGGGAUAGCAAUGUCUAAGGUUAGGUCCCCAUUUGCACACAUUAGGGUAACAAAAGAAUUGAAGCAAGACCUUAAAGUAUGGCAUAAUUUCCUAACAGAUUUUAAUGGAAGGUCAAUGUGGCAACAAGAGUUUAUAGAUUCGGAUAGUCUUGAGCUGUUUACAGAUGCAUCUGGUGCUAUUGGUUUUGGCAUAUAUUGGAAUGGACAGUGGUGUGCACAAGAAUGGCCGGUUCUUUGGGCACAGGAAGGCUUAACCAAAAACUUGACAUUGUUGGAAUUGUUUCCAAUUGUAGCCGCAAUAUAUCUAUGGGGAGGAGCAUGGAGAAAUAGGCGGCUGAUCGUCACUUGUGACAAUCUAAGUGUAGUAAUGGUAAUUAAUUCCUUACAGUCUAGGUGUAAUAGAGUUAUCAAUUUACUUAGACACUUAGUGUUAAGGUGUUUUCAGCUGAACAUAUGGAUAAAAGCUAGACAUAUACCAGGCAAAAUCAAUAGGCUGGCUGAUGCUCUCUCACGAUUGCAAUUGCAGGAAUUUCGAAAAUUGGCACCAAGAGCAGCUGCGGAAGGAACCCAGUUCCCGUCAGACCUUUGGGAUUUGAUUGGGGACAGUUAAGUGUGAUGCUGAUGAAUUCAGUAGCUGUUUCUACGUGGAGUACAUAUGUCAGAGCAUGGAAUGAGUGGUUCAAAUUUAAUCAGUCAAACAAUAAAGAUCCGUUUGGAGAGGACAAGGAGAGCGCAAUACAAUUUACAUUGGUGUUAAUGCAGAAAGGUUUCUCUAAGUCCAAGUUAGCUUGUAGUUUAGCCGGGGUGGAUUUCUUUAGGAAGCUGUGUGAAUGUAAACCAAUUAAGCAGUAUUUCAUAGUUAAUCAGUUAGUUCGAGGUUAUAGAAGAGCCAGUAGAGUAAGGGAUAACAGAAAACCAAUAUCGUUUACAGUGCUAUCGCAGUUAUUUGUAGUCCUGGAGGACGUAUGUUAUUCUGAGUAUGAGGUAGUUUUAAUUAGAUGUUCAUUUAUAAUAGCUUUUUUCGCAGCGUUAAGAAUUAGCGAGUUAGUGGCUAAGAGUAAGUUUUGUUUGUCAGGUUUACAAUGGGAAGAUAUUAUAGUUAAUGAUAGGAAAGUGAUGGUAUUCAUUAGUAAAUCUAAAACAGAUCAGGAAGGCAAAGGAAGAUGGUUAACAUUGCUGGAGAUUAAAGGUUCUUUUUUGUGUCCGGUUAAGGUGACAGAAAAUUACUUGUCAAUUAGACCAAGGGUUGAAGGUCCUUUUUUCAUGCAUAAGGACACCGUUCCGUUGACUAAGUUCCAAUUUAAAAAGGUCUUCAGGUUGUGCAUAGACAAGUUAAAGUUAGGCGAUGAGCGUUAUUCAUCUCAUUCUUUUAGAAUUGGAGCGGCAACAGAAGCAGCAAGGUGUGGUUUAAGUGAUGGAAUGAUUAAAAGGUUGGGGAGAUGGGAGUCUAAUAGAUUUCAAUUAUACGUCAGGCCUCAUUUGAUAUAAAAAAAAAAAAAAAAAACGUUAACGGUUCUUUGUUAUUAAAGUUUAUGGAUGUAUAUGAACAUUGGCGUAUAUAUGUUAAUAAUCUUCUUUUGCUAGGUAAUAAGAAGCCGGCGAUUGCCUGGGUAAUCGGUCACUCAUUUAUAUUUUGGGCCCAGAAGAGGGCAAAAGAACGGUCAUAUGGCGAAAAUCUUGGAUUAGAAAGCAAUGCUGUUAAAGUCUUUUGGAAAGGAAUUCGUGGGGCUAAGUGGUCUCAAUUAUUUGAAAUAAUACAACAAUGCAUGUUAAGUUUUCCCUAUCCAGAGGUAGUAAUAGUUCAUUUGGGAGGGAACGAUAUUGGCUCAACGAAAUCGGUCAAUUUGAUAAAAGAGAUUAAAAGUGAUUUGGUAUGCAUAACACAAAUAUUUCCAGAUGUUCGGUUCAUAUGGUCGGAGAUUAUCCCAAGGCAUUGCUGGUUAAAAGUAAGUUUUUUAAAACCAUUGGAAAGGGUACGUAGGAAAGUAAGUAGAGCGUUGGAAAAAUUUUUACCAACCCUGGGAAUGACCUCAUAUAGGCACAGGGAUAUUGAGGGCAAUUGCGCUGGCUUUUAUAGGAGCGAUGAAAUUCACUUGUCGGAUAUUGGUUUGGAUAUAUUUAAUUUGGGGAUUCAAUCCAUGUUGGAGAUGGCCAUGGGCGUUGGGGGGCCACCGAGUUUGGUAGCCCAGAACCUCGGUGGCGUUGGGAUAUAA